CGUAACACACACACAUAUACACACACACACACACGCAUAUACACACACACACACACUUGCAGAACGCGGUACAGUUUAAAGGACUUUGGUAACGGGAUCCUUCCGUGACGUGUUUACUAUUAGUGUUAAUUAAUAUUGUCGUUAAUUGAUAAGGAAAAAGUUCCUGUUAUUUUUUUUCGCGUGCCGGUUUGUUUUCGUUCUUCGAGUUUUGACAGCGCGAGACGCGUUUUUGUUUAUUUAUUUAUUUAUUUGCGGCUCCCAGGACUCCUUAAAGCCAUGUCAGAAACGGCGGCGGCUCCGGCAGCGGCGAAAGCCAAGAAGGCGAAAUCGACGAAGAAGGCGACGUCGCACCCGAAAUACUCGGACAUGAUCCAGGCAGCCGUGGUGGCGGACAAAAGUCGCGGCGGCGCCUCACGUCAGUCCAUCCAGAAGUACGUGAAGAGCCACUACAAAGUGGGCGACAAUGCCGACGCGCAGAUUAAACUGGCCCUCAAGAGGCUCGUCGCCACCGGGUUCCUGCGCCACACCAAGGGCAUCGGAGCCUCAGGCUCGUUCAAGCUCGCCAAAGCCGAGGAGCCCACGACGAAGACGACGAUCACGAAGAGGAAGAAGAAGCCCGCGUCCACUGCGGCGAAGAAGAAACCCAAAGCUGCCGUGAAAGCCAAGAAGCCCAAAGCCGCAGCCGCCAAGCCCAAGAAAGCUCUCAAGCCCAAAAAAGUGGCCGCUAAGUCUCCGGCCAAGGCGAAGAAGACCAAAGCAGCCGCCAGCGACAAGAAAGUGAUCAAAAAGGCGGCGGUGAAGAAGAAGACGUCUCCCGUGAAGGUCAAGAAGGCGGUGAAGAAACCGAAAACCGCCGCCAAACCGAAGAAGGUGAAGACAGCGGCGAAGACUAAAGCCAAGACUGCGAGCAAGAAGACAGCCAAGAAGAAGUGACUUUAACUACAAAGUUAGCUUAAUGACACGGACUCAGUAAAAACACACCUGUAAAUAGACUUUUUUUGAGGAUUUGUUUCUUUGUUAUAUUAUUGUUGUUAUUAUUAUUAUUAUUAUUAUUAUUAUUAUAGGUCUUUGUUCGGACCCUGACCGUUUUUACACUUCCUGCCGUCUCACCUAUUGCACUAUAUUGGACUUGAUGGAAAGGAAAUAAAAACUACACUCAAAUACUUCUUUUAAUUUUUUUUUAAAUAAAUGACUGUUGUUAUUUAUUUUGGAGCUUUUAGCCUUAGCCUGUAUACAAACUUUUGUUUUCUUCUUGACGCCGAAGCAUCAGAUGAAGAAGAUGAAGGUCUCGGUCUUUAAUCAUCAUGUUAGUCAGGUUGUUGUAAACUGCAUUAGUAUUUAAGUGUAAUAACUUGUUCAUACGCGUUUAUACUUUACAACAAUAAACUUUUUCUCCUCUUUUAAA